GUGCAAUUGUGCACCAUCUAUGUGCAAACUGUUUACAUCUCAAAAAAAUAUACAUAUUUAGAAUAAAUACAUAUGCACUUCGAAGUCCAUGCAUAGUAUAGAUCACUAUAGACAGGCACACUACACUACGUUUGACCGUAUAAGUAUAGGAGUUUUCUAUUGCACACUUGGAUAAACUGAGUUCACUUCUACUAAACACACUAAUUAAAUAGAAAUGAUGGGAAACAAACAGAGUGCCGAGAAAUCUGAUAGCCAGCCUGCCCUACAAGGCAAAGAGGCUGUGUAUGUCAUGAAACAUCCGGGACAUUGUACAGGUAUGUUCUGGCGACCCAAUCCACAGGAUUCGAAGCAAAAGCAAAUAGGUGGUGACGACUGGCCUCGUAAUCAGUCCAGAUUAAUAGGCACUAAACAGACCCUUGGGGGACAAGACUGGUUGGAGGUUACAUCUUGGGUACAAGCAGGCAAACAACAGUGGAGUGUCGGUUGUGAAGGCCUGUGGAUGCCGUUCGAGCAAGGAGGACUCCUUCUGCAUGAGGCAUAGUUAUUUGAGUGUACGUACACAUGUGAUGCCAUUGGAUGGAAAUAAAGCCGUUGCUAAUUGAA